AUGCUGUCACUAUCCUUGAGUGUCUCACAGCAGUCCUGCCUGGAGCGAGAAACACAGUUGGAGCAGGAAGCGGAGGAGAGCUCCCAAAGCACAAUCAUGCAGAGCACUUCCGGGAGGAAGUGCCACCAUAGCCCACUGGCAGUAAAUGGCACAAAACUGAUGCACCAUUAUUUGUGCCCUUCCCGUUACAGUCUUCUAUCUGAGAUUGGACACGGUAGCUACGGUGUAGUGUAUGAAGGAAUAGCUUGCAAAACUGGGGCACGAGUGGCUGUGAAAAAGAUCCUCUGUGACGCGCCUGAAAACGUGGAAAUUGCGCUGUCCGAGUUUUGGGCCCUCACAAGCCUCAGACGACGGCACCCUAACAUAGUGCAUUUUGAGGAGUGUGUAUUGCAGAAGAAUGGACUAGCACACAAGAGUUCACAUCUCUACCUUAGGCUCGUUGAGACCUCGCUCAAAGGGGAGCAUAUUUUGGGAUACUCUGAGGAAGCCUGUUAUCUUUGGUUUGUUAUGGAGUUCUGUGAGGGUGGUGAUCUUAACCAGUAUGUCCUGUCUAGGCAUCCAGAUCCAGCCAUAAACAAAAGCUUUAUGUUGCAACUGACCAGUGCCAUUGCCUUCCUGCAUAAGAACCAAAUUGUUCACAGUGACCUGAAGCCUGACAACAUAUUGAUUACAGAACGAUCUGGCUCUCCCAUACUUAAAGUGGUUGAUUUUGGUCUCAGCAAAGUGUGUGCUGGUGUAGCACCCCAUGGGAAGGAUACUUCUACAGGCGCUGGCAAUGAGAACAAGACAGUGAAUGUUAACACGUUUUGGCUGUCAUCUGCAUGUGGGUCGCAUUUUUACAUGGCACCAGAAGUGUGGGAAGGACAUUACACAGCAAAAGCUGACAUCUUUGCACUGGGCAUUAUCAUCUGGGCCAUGAUUGAAUGUAUCACAUUUGUUGACGCAGAAACCAAGAAGGAGCUCUUAGGGACCUACAUUAAACAGGACAGUGAAAUUGUGACUGUUGGGGAAGCAUUGCUAGAGAAUCCAAAGAUGGAACUUCACAUCCCACAGAAAUGUAGGACUUCCAUGUCUGAGGGUAUCCGAAGGCUGCUCAAAGACAUGUUAGCCGCAAACCCACAGGAUAGACCUGAUGCUUUUGAGCUGGAGACACAUAUGGACCAGGUUACAUGUGCUGCUUGAGGAUUUUGUGCUAGUUUAAGAUGGAGCCACCCGUUACCUCCCAAGCUGUGGACACGAGUGCACAUCCUUAACACUACCCUGUGAUUGACCUCUGCACUGGGAUGUGAAUGAGUAGCCUGUUA